UUUGAAAGCAGAUCCCCUUAUAUUAAACCUCCCCUUGUUUCGAAAAAUUGGGCUUAAAGUUGUUAGUGGUGCAAACACACAUUUUCAAGAUUCUCGUUCAUGUUCAUACAUGCAUUAUUAAUAUCGACUAAUCUUCAUCUGACACGAAUCACAUUCGGUGUUAAGCACAGAUCGAAGGCAGCAGCAGGUGACCAGGUGUUCGGUCCUUGGAAUAAAGGAAACGUUGCUUUGCUUACCAUGCUGGCAUAUGCCCUUCUCAAGCCACAAGCGAGUGCGCCGCCGGGCCACGACGAAUGAUGCCGCGCAAAACGCACAUCACUUCUGACAUCUUCCACCUCAUGUUCAAGUUCAACACGAGGCCGGUCGGCAUGGCGAGCGCGAGGGCGGCGGCGGCGAAGUCGUGGUGCGGCCACUGCGGCAUGAGCCUCGCCGCGCCGUCCAGGCCCGGGUCCAGCGUCCGGUGCACAUUCUGCCACCGGGUGACGCGCGUGGUCGAGCGCCACCGCGGCGUGGGCGAGGGCGAGGGCGCCCUGGCGCUCGCGGCCGCAGCCUCGCCGCUGCGGGCCGACCCCGCGGGGCUCGAGGUCCCGGCGGGCUACCCCGGCGUGAGCGGCAAGAAGAAGCGCGCGCUCCUCGUCGGCGUCAGCUACAGGGGCACCGCGCACGAGCUCAAGGGCACGGUCAACGACGUGAAGGAGAUGAGGCGCCUCCUCUGCGGCAAGUUUGGGUUCCCCGGCGACUGCAUCCUGGAGCUCACUGAGAACGAGAGGGACCCGAGCAGGGUGCCGACGAGGGAGAACCUGCUGCGGGCGAUGCGGUGGCUCGUGGACGGCUGCAGCAGCGGCGACUCGCUGGUGUUCCACUUCUCCGGGCACGGCGUACAGAAGCUGGACAUGAACGACGACGAGGUGGACGGGUACAACGAGGCGCUGUGCCCGGUGGACUUUGAGCGGAGCGGCAAGAUCCUCGACGACGAGAUCAACGCCACCAUCGUCCGGCCGCUGGGCAGGGGCGUGAAGCUCCACGCCAUCGUGGACACCUGCCACAGCGGCACCAUCCUCGACCUCCCCUACCUCUGCCGCCUCUCCAGGACGGGGUACUGGCAGUGGGAGAAUCACAACCGGCCUAGUGGGACGCCGAAGAUCCCCAACGGCGGCCUGGCCAUCUCCAUCAGCGGCUGCAGCGACGACCAGAAGUCCGCAGACGCCAGCGGAUUUUCUGAGUCUUCGUCUUCGAUCGGCGCCAUGACGGACAGCUUCGUCAAGGCCGUGGAGGCGGAGCCGGGGACGACGUACGGGCGGCUGCUGAGCGCGAUGAGGGCGAGGAUCCGCGACGGCCAGGGGAGCCGCCGCCUCCCCGGAAGGCUCGGCUCCUUCGUCCGCUGGAUGAUCCCGUCCAGCAGUUUGCAGGAGCCUCAGCUGUGCUCUUCAGAUAUGUUUGACAUCUACAGGAAGCCGUUCCUCCUCUGAGUGGCUCCUCGAAACAACCUGCUGCUUCAGCUGUGUCAAGAACAUAUAUUACUGCGGAAUGGAAUUUGUUUCAUGCCUUGUAAAAUGGUAUAUGGCGAGAAAUUACGUCCUGCACUCACCCUUUUUUUUAUAAAAAAAUAGCGAUCUCCGUCGAGAGGAUCCAAUUUGGUGAUCUCUGAA